GGAUUGUAAUUUAAAAAAAAAAAAUUAGUCGGUCGUUGUUUAAAAACCUUUACAAAGCUAAAGAACAUCAAAAAGAUUGUUUUCAAGUAAGUAAAAAUAAAUUUACUUUACUAGAAACAGACGCUUGGGGCCGUUUGGCUAUUAAGUUUGAAGAUGCCGGCAUUUAUCAAUAUGAUGCCAUGUGCAAAAUGUGAACAUUAUUUACAAAGCAGCCAUUAUAAGACACAGCCUCAUUAAGUUAUACGAAAUAGAACUGGGCACCGAGCAGUUAGAUGAUAUUGUGAAUAUUAUGUGCAACAGUUGGAUGAUAUUGUGAACAAUAUUUAUUAGUGUAAAAAGCAACAAUUCAAUGUAGAUGUUUUGCCUAGAGUAGAUAUACCGCCAUAGGCACGCCAAACACCAGUUCAUAUCAAGCUUAAAUAGUUUUAUGUCCAAUUGACAGAAUUGACAGCCAGAAGAAAAGCUAGUGCCCAGUCGCAAACAUUUACCAGUCUACAACUUUAGCUCCAAGCGUCCGGGGUUAUAUAUGACAGUUUAAAGAAUUAGCUUUGGUCGCGCGAAGUUGCAUUACAAGAAUUUCGUUAUAAUUUUAUAUCGCUGUCUGAAACAAACAUUUGAGAUUAAUAGUUUUCUACAAAAAGUUGAUAUAAAGUGUUAUGAGAAGCUGUUCCAGCAGAAAAAGGAAACACCCUGUGCAAAUAAAUAAAGCCAAAGUUUGUUCCGAACAAAACUUUAUUUUUACCGUAAAUUUUGUCGGAAAUGGAUAGUUAUCCAAAAAAUUUAGUCGAUCAGUAUUUAAAAACCUCUACAAAACUCAAGAAAAUCGAAAAGGCUGUGUUCAAACGUUUUGGUCCCAAUGUUUCUGAGGUUUUAGAGGACUAUGGCCGUUUGGCUAUCAAGUUCGAAGAGGCUGGCAUUUAUCAAUAUGCUGGCAUGUGCCAGUUGGGUGUUGCAAAAUGUGAAAAUUAUUUACAAAAUGCUAUGGCCGAGUGUCAGGCUUUACUAAAAGCGGCUCGUUUAUUUUUAAAGGCUCACGAAGAAAUGGAAUCUUUGCUAUUAAGAUCCAACAGCCCGGAGUAUAGGGAAACUGCUUUGCAUUGUUUUACCCAGGCUGUGGAAAAAUGUCCCGAUGAUAGUGUCAUUAAGGCAGCCAUUAUAAGAGAAAUGACACCUUUACAGCCUCAUUAUGAAGUGACGAGUACUUUUAAUUCACCGGCUCAUCGUAUAUACGAAUUAGAACUGGCUACCGAACAAUCAUUAAAAAAUCAUGAUUAUCUUAAGGCCCUACAGCAGUUAGAUGAUAUUGUGGACAAUAUUUAUGAACGCAAAAAGCAACAUCUCUAUCAAGAGGUUUUGGCUAGAGUAGAAAUAUUAAGAGUACUGCUGUUAGUGGCACUAACACUACCACCGUCACGUCAAACUCCAGCUCAUAUAAAACUUAUAGAGUUUUAUGUACAAUUAGCUGAAUUUCAGCCCGAAGAAAAUCUACUGCCCAGUCCCAAUCAUUCACCAAUCCAUGCUAAUAUUCACAACUUUAGCUCUUGGCGUCCGGGUUCAUAUUUGACACAAUUUCAAAAAUUUGCUUUAGCUGAAAUCAUUUUAGCUUGGCAUCUCAAUAAGCCGCGUGAUUUGAAAGUGGCAUUACAAGAAUUUCGUCAUAAUUUUAUAUCGCUGUCUGAGACGCAAAGAUUUCUGAUAAAUAGUAUUAUACAAAAAGUUGAUAAAAAGUGUUAAGAAGCUGUUCCAGUAGAAAAAAGUGCAUUCAAGUCAAGAUUUUCAAGCAAGUUUAUUUAAGCAAGUUUAAUAAAUUAUUUAACAAGAUAAAAGCAAGCGGA